AGCUGUCGGCUCUUGCCCUGCUGCUUGCCAGUGGAUCUGAGCUUUGUAAGCCAUUCCGCCCAACGAGGGGAAACCUCCCAGUAUUGUGUUGCCGCUGCCUAAACAAUAGGAGCUUACACUGGCGGAAGGAUGUAGCGAUUCUGAGUGAAUUGUUAUUUUUUUUACUCUGUGACGUCAUUUUAAUAUGCAGCAAAAGAGGGGAUCAACUGAGCACUGAUUUCGAAGCUGAAUAACAUCUGGGCCAGACAAACAAAGAGAUCAAGCUGUAAAUAAGAGACUAAUAUUUCGGUUCAGAGCAUCUCUCAGUGUUUACGUCCGAAAGCGAUUUGUCAGAGGAUGAGGGCGCUCCUCCCCAGCUGAUUGCCGUAAAGACAGUGACCGCGAUUAUUUUCUUUAAUGUCUGCAAAAAGAGAAACCCGAAAACAGCUGAUCGCGUGCGGUCUUAAUCUAACAGCUUCUGGGCUGCCCCAAUGAACGUUCGGCUGCCUGCGGAGACACGGGUGUCAUCUCUUUGGGACGCUUUGGUGUUCCCUUGCGCCAGUGGGCUGGACUCUUGAAAACGCAGCACAAUCGCCGAGCAGAUUGAAAGACAGCGCAUAUCAAAACGCUGAGGGAAAGUGGAGGAUGUUUCCACCACAUUGUUUAUCCUGUCCAUUUUUCCAGAAAUGCUGUCUUUUAUUUGCUGUUGGUUCGUAAUGUGGACGACCUUGAUAAUUUUACGUUACUAAACAGCAAAUGCUUCGUCUGACGGGGUCUGUUUUAAAUGGAGGUAGGCAAGGAGGGCAUCCCGAUGCCGCGCUAAGUUUAUCAGUGGAAAUCAACGCAGCGAACCGCUCCUGCAUUGUAUGUUAUUUUUCUGUGUGCUUCUGAAUAAUUGAUUUUAAAGGACAUGAAAAUAAAUUAAUCCCGCCAGUUCAUUAUCACUGAUUUUUGUUUCUCUGGAAAUAAGGAUUUUCCUAUUUUGUUUACAUAGGAGAAUACAUAGAAAGGUGCAGCCAGCCAUCGACAUUCACGACAGAGGCAACGAUGGGGAGCGACAGUGAGAUUUUCAAUAGAGAACUAUCGAAGAUGUCCGAUGAGGAUCUUUUGGCCUGCACCAAGGAAGAUCUGGUCAUGCGCUUGAGGAAGGAGGAAUCAGACAAAAUAGCGGCCCUCAUCCAAAGAGGCCGAUUGAUCAAGGAGGUUAACAAGCAGCUACAGGAGCACCUGCUGGAAAUCCGAGAGCUCAAACUGGUCAACCAGCGGCUACAAGAGGAGAAUCAGGAGCUUCGGGACCUCUGCUGCUUCCUUGACGAUGAUCGACUCAAAGUGAAAAAGCUAUCUAGGGAGUGGCAAUUGUUCGGACACCACGCUGCCAAGGUGAUGCGGGAGGAUCUCGGAGGCUACAUUAAGAAGCUCUCCGAGCUAGAACGCCUACAGGAAGGCUUAGUAAAGGAGAACCUCGAUCUUAAGGAGCUGUGCCUGGUGCUCGAGGAGGAGUGCGUGAGCAGGACGGACAGCAGCCCCGCAGGCUCGUCUGAACUGAACCUGCCCUGUAUGGCUCGGGACCUUGGGGAUGGCAGUUCUAGCACUGGCAGCGUGGGAAGCCCCGACCAACUCCACCUGGUAUGCUCUCCGGACGACUAAAGCGAGUGUGGGGACUACCCCCUCCCCCUAAUCGUGAUUGCACGGUCACCCUCGCUGCGGCGCAGCGCACCUCGGCGUCCGGCCAGCUGGAGCUGCUGAGAUUACAGCAGCGCGCUGCGACAUUAGGGACAAUUGUGCUGUAUACUGUCUGUGUAACGGGACCAUUCCCAGCCAACUUGAAUAGACCUGAGGGAGGCUGUCCUGCACUACGGCUGGGAAGUCCGCUAUGUGUAAUUAUUACUAUUUACUUAUGAGGGCGAUCAAUGUGCAAUGCAAUGCUUUGUUUGGCUUUAUUAUAACAAACUAGGUUGUUAAUAUAAUUAAGAAAAUUCUAUUGAUAUUCGCUAACUGGAAUUGACUGAUUGCAUUAUAGUUCUGUUGCAUUAGCUUGGUUUACACAAAAAAAAGACAAAAAACACCAAUAAGUUCUACGUAUGCACUGAGGCUGACUGAUUUCUGCCGAUUGGUAAUUUUAUGACGACAAUGAUGAUUUUGCUUUAACUUGAAUGCUCCGUGCUUAGCCCUGUUCAGCCAAUCAUCAUGCUCACAUAUUAUGGCACAAUACUACUCGGGCUUCGAAUUGGUGUGCGGCGAGAGAUUGCGCGCGCGCAUGUGUGUGUGUGUGUUUGAGAGACAGAGAGCUUGAUUGCAGUGCAAAAUAAAUGCCGUACAUGGAAAUCUAGAUCUAGCAGGACACCUCGGGUCUACUGAUGUUUUUAAAUGCUGCCUAUACGUAUUUGUUCUCUUUGGCUUUGUUUUUUAUUGCAUAAUAUAUAGCCAUUGAGAUCCUUUAUAAAAGGCACUAUAUGUAAAAACUGUACUAUGAUUAUUAUGAAAAUAAAAUCGAUUUUUACCAAAUGUCGGGGAUGUUAAAAUUAAAAUAACACUGCAAGUAUUACAAGUGUUAAAAUAGUUUUAGUUGAUAGCAAUUUGAGUAAUUUUCAGCAAAAUGUAAAACGCAGCACAUUUAAAAAUAUUUUUACUAUAUGUAUAUUUCAGUUUAAAUCAAAGGUGCUUUUUGGCAUGACUAAUAUCAGGCGUGUUACCACUAGGCAGUAUAACAUAAAACAUUCAUAUAACGAAUGAGCCUACCAUAACAGUAUAAUAACAAAUGUAUCUUUCAUGGUACUGUACUUUUAAAAUUAAUUGAUAUAGAAAGCCAUCAAUGCAUACAUAGAAAUUGUCAAAUUUCAGGUUUAAAAGCCCUGAUUUCAGAUCCAGCUGUUCUAACUAACUGGAGGUCAAAUACGGAAUGGACAGGAGGUGCCAAGUUCCAAACGUUUUUUACCUUGUCCUCAUUCAGAGGCUGCUGAAAGACUGGAGUAACAGUACCACUGGACUUAGUUAGACUAAAAUAUUUUAUCAUAUGGAGAAUGGUGCUUGAAAUCUCAAUGCCCAGGAACAUUAUUCUCAAAGACGUCAAAGUUCAUUAAGGUGCACAGAAACCACCCUACCAAAAUGGAAGCUGAGUAACUUUACUGUUAAGGCAUAACAGUUUUGAUACAAAUAUAUGUAAUGGGCUUUUUAUUUUAAAGUGAUAUUGAUAGCGUUCUUCCUCAUGUUUUUGAAGUGACUGGCUUAUAAUAGACACAGAUAACAUGCAGAAAGGUACGUAUAAAUGAAGAACGUUUUAACAAUAUCAUAAACUGACAGAUAAACGGACUGUUAUUGCAUGUGUUCAUAUUGAAAUUGUUAACAGUAAAGCUAUUUAGAAUAAUUUUUGGUACUUUAUUUUUGGACACCCUAGUAAUACAAAUGAAAAGCUGCAUUUUAUAUAUCAAUAAAGCUUAAACAAAAAGAUUUAUAACUCGGUGAUAUAGUGCCAAUGAAGGGUGGAUAAAAUAAGCCCUUGUUGAUAUUACUUUUAAAAGUGUCCUGAAAUGUAAAAAGAUUGAAAACCCCUAUUGGUGGGGGGCUACAACAUAAUUUUUACUAUGUAUGGAAUUCUCCAAAGCAAUUAACCAAACUUUCUUUGGUUUCUGCUGAGUGUAGCAGGCUAUACUCAGUUCAGAAGGAAAUGCAGGGCCCCUUUUCAGCUUUUGGUAAAAGCAAAUUAUUCAUUAGGUAUGAUGUUAAUUUUAGUAUUCAAAUGUAUAUACUGAUAACGCAAAUAUAUAUACAAAUGUA